AUGGCGCGCACAACGCUUCCCACAUUCCCGCUCAUCGUCUUUGGCGUCAUCGAGCCGGCCUUGCUGACAUGGGCCUACAUUGAGGGAAUGUGUGAUCCCCGGCUCUACUUCCUCAAGCAGGUCCCCAACACGACGGGCAGCCCCGGCACAGCCGCGGCCUUCUCGCCCGAAGCCCUGGGCGUGACGCUGCAGCUGCUCAACGUGUGGCUGCUGCUGGCGCUCAUGGCCGUCGUUGCUUGCUUCUCGCGCGACCCGGCCACGGCCAAGGGCUACCUGUUGGCUGUCGCGCUCGCCGACUGGGGGCACAUCUACGCCACGUACCGCGCGAUUGGCGCCGAUGUGUUCUUCGAUCCGUCGCAGUGGAACGACAUGGUGUGGGGUGGGAUUGGCGUGAGCGGUGUGUUGAAUGUCCUGCGGUGGCUGACCCUGCUUGGGGUGCUCGGUCCGGUGGUGGCGCGGGACACGGACGGGAAGAGGAAGACGCCGUGAGCUGUGACUGGGACGUGUCCGAGCGUGGGAGCGGAAUGAAGCACAGCUGUAGUUACAGUACGUACCGUAGCGUUGCCAAUGCGCCACAAGCUCCUGUUAAUUGAUCUGUGGAAAUGCUUUUUCCAUGAACGAACGUCCG